AGCUGGUACUCGUAGUUCGCAGCAGGGGCUGUGAAGCAGGUCAAAUAGUAUUUAAGGACUCCACAUCCCAGAGUGCCUUGCCCUUGGCCAUACAGGAAAGGGAACACCUACCAGCCUAUCCCAGCAAGGAGGUGUGGUGAGUGAGCAGCUGUCAAGCCAAUCACAGAAGGGGAAGAGAUGCCAGAGCGGAGCAGUGGGCUGAAAAUAGAGGGGGGUGGUAGGUGUCUGCUUGUUUGGGAUCAGGCAAGGGCUUGCCUGUAUGACUAGGGCCACUCGGAAGUUUCCUGUCUGCAAAAGCUCCAGUACUGAGGCACCAGGCAGGGCCCUGCUCAGACACGAAGACAGGAGAGCAGGCAGGAGAGCCGGAUAGGGCCUGGGGAAGGGACACACGCUUCUGCCCAGCUGACAGGCAGACGGACAGACGGCAGGACGGACACGCGGGCGGCGGCUGUGAUUGGCGGCUCGGCGGCAGGCUGGUGGAAGAUGUCGUCGGGAGCCGGUGGGAGGGGUGGGCGGUGGCUCAGGGGUGGGGGGGGAGGGGAAGCGGCGGAGGAAGGCCCAGUGGGCAUCCCCUUCCCCGAGCACAGCGCAGACAUCCUGGGCAGUCUGAACAAGCAGCGCCUCAGCGGCCUGCUGUGCGACGUGCUCCUGAUCACCCAGGAGAGGGAGUUCACUGCCCACCGUUCAGUCCUGGCCUCCUGCAGCUCCUACUUCCACAAGUUGUUCACCUCGGGCCCGAAGGCCAGCCAGCAGAACGUCUACACCAUAGACUUUGUGGCGGCCGAGGCCCUGGGCGCCCUGCUGGACUUUGCCUAUACAGCCACGCUAACGGUCAGUCACAGCUCCGUGGGAGACAUCCUGGCCGCCGCCCGCCUGCUGGAGAUCCCGCCCGUCCAGGAAGUCUGCACUCACCUGCUGGACACCAAAGUGCUCUCCCCGCCGGCGGGUAGUGAGCGAGGAGAGGAAGAGGAGGAUGGGGAGGGGGAGGGAGGGAAGGGUGGAGGAGGAUGGGGGCAGCAGGGGAAUCGACUGCGGGCCCGGGAGUAUCUAGAAUACUUCCAGAGAGGGGCCCACUGGAGCAGCAGCUGCAGCACGCCAGAGCUCAGGGACAUGCCCACACACCUGCACUUUAACCAUGGCAACGGGGCCCACAGCAACGGGGCCCCCGGGGGCCCCAGCGAGUACUGCUCUCCCCUGGACCUUGCCCAGGCCCCCACACAGGACCCAGAUGAUGAGGAGGACGACGAGGAGGACGAAGUAAAGGUGGAGCACUCUGAGAGCCACAGGGACACGCUGACCUGGGCCAGGGGGAACGGAGGGGGGCCAGGGGCCUCUUUCUACGCUCCAGCCCAGAACGGACACUUCUACCUCCCCACGGAGCCCAAACUGGAGCCGGAGGAGGAAGAGGAGGAAGAUGGCAUGCGGGAUGGGGAGAGAGGCUCGGCCAGCGCCCUCCUGCAGCAGAUGAUGGACUCAAUCGAGAGGCAGAAGGAGCGGGCCGCGGCCGGGGAGGACCCGGGGGAGGGGGAGGACCCGGACGUGGAGUUUUACUUGAAUUACUUUAACAGCACGCAGCAUGAGGACGCCGCCGUCUCACAGGGACUGCUGCCCCUCUGGGCGACACGGGGAGGCUCCAGCCAAGAUAGAGGGGGAGGAGAGAGGGGAGGAAGAGGAGAAGAGAGAGGAGGGGGCGGAGGGGAGAGGAAGAUGCGCUCCAAGGCCUUCCAGAAGUGCCCCAUCUGCUCCAAGGUCAUCCAGGGCGCAGGCAAGCUACCCCGCCACAUCCGCACGCACACGGGAGAGAAGCCCUACGAGUGCGCCAUCUGCAAAGUGCGCUUCACCAGGCAGGACAAGCUCAAGGUUCACAUGCGUAAGCAUACGGGAGAGAAGCCUUACCUGUGUACGCAGUGUGGUGCAGCGUUCGCCCACAACUACGACCUGAAGAACCACAUGCGCGUGCACACAGGCCUGCGGCCCUACCAGUGCUCCAGCUGCUUUAAGACUUUUGUGCGUUCAGACCACCUGCACCGCCACCUCAAGAAGGACGGCUGCAAUGGUAUCCCGUCCCGCCGGGGCCGAAAGCCUCGGGUACGGGACCCCGGGCUCCUGGAGGCCUCCAUGGGGCUGGUGGACCCCGGCCCUCGCAGUGGCAGGGAGAGACGGCGCAUGGAGGCAGCCUCGGCAGAGGGGGCCUCCAGGGUCCAUGCACACAGUCCCCAGCCCCAGGAGAGGCCAGAGGAGCCGGGGCACUGAGGCAGGGAGACAGGGAGGGACGCUGGACACCAUAGUCAUACUUGGCCCCUGGAGGGGCCGCUGCCGAAACAAGAGGAGAAAAAAAACAUGCUAAGGCAAAAAAAAAAAAAAACACAACUAACUAUUUCUCUAUAAACCAAAUCAGGGUGUCACAAAUCUAAUAUUUUCAGUUUCUUUUAUCCCUUUGCUUUAGGAAACAGUAGACACAACAGACAAACAUGAGUCAGUGUUCUGUUAAAGAGCAAGGAACGCUUCAAAUCACACACCCAUGAUGUCUCCUUUCUGGGUCAUUUCUGUCUGAUCUGGGUUUUUAUACAUUUGGCAAAAAUGCUUUAUAUGCAUAACAAAACAACAGAAAACCCUGAGCAAACUAUGCAGUUAAAAUAGGUUUUGAAUUCAGAGCCAAACGAUGAGGUGUCCCACACCUACCGGCUGCAGCAGGGGUGAACUGAGUGUAAUCUCUCAUAUUCAGAUGGAAAGCAACCAAUCUUUUUCUAUUCUUUUGCAGUUCUAAAAUGUACAGUUACCAUAGAAACAGUAUUGUCAGAAUAUGGCAAUAUAUGCAAGAUUAACUUACCCACACCUCUGAUGCAGCAUCCUUUUUUCUAAAGGCUUCAGAAAGAAUCAGACAAGGGUUUGAUUUAAGUGUUACUUACUCGAUAAAAUAUAUUUUAAAAAUCUAUGGUUCAUCUUUUUUAAAUGUCGAGUCGAAUCCACGUUUGGGGGGCUCUUCCAUUGCAGGGGUAGGGAACGCGAGGGGAGGAGGGGGUGUGUUUCUGAAGCACUACCAUGGCCAUGGUGCCGUUCGGCUUGACCACGUCAUUGACUCUUAGCCCUCACAACCCUGACAUUUCAUUUCUGUUUUAUUUUUCAUUUCUCUUCGUUAUUGUUGUUUGUCCCUUUUUGAGUGACUGCUUUGGGUACUUGACACUUUACAUUUGUAUACAUGCGUGUGUGUAUGUAUAUGUGUGUGUAUAUGUAUGUAUGUAUGUGUAUAUAUAUACACACACACACACACACACAUUAGGUGGUGAUGAUUUAAUGCUGAGGUAUAUUAGCUUACCAAUCGGGGUUUCCUUCGGCUUGACGUCAGAUUUCUCACAGAGUGAAGCUUGUGGGUAAAAGAGAAAAGAAACUAUAUGAAUGUUAGAAUAUAUUGAAUUUAGAAACCCAUUGGUCCUAACCUUAACACUUGAUUGAGAUGUAUAUAGAGUUCCUGCCCGAAGGUAGAAGAGAUACUAUGUGGUUAACUUUGUGCAGUUCUGACAGGAUCUGCCCUCUAACCAACAGCAGGUUGAAAGACGAAAAGCAGGGAUAGACCGAGAUAUAUACGUUUGCACAGCUUUACUAAAGAUAUCCAACAGAGAGAGGUAUAUUUAAAGGAGAUUGUUGAGAAAAGCUGUGUAUUAGUGCUUAUUCCAAUCUUUUUUGCCCUAGGGACCACGAAACCAUGAGGCAACCUGUGUGAUGAAGAGCAUUAAAUACCUGUCCAAGUUGGGAGGCCAAAUAAGCACACAGCUGCAGGGUGAGGCAGGUCGAGGGGAGGGGGAUUUCACAAUGUCUGUUGCAUUCCAAAAUAUAAUCUCCCCGGCACAGCCACUUUUCCAGGCAGAACGGGUUCAAAUCAGACGUUUUCUCUCUCUCGCUUUAGUUCCCCAACGCCCCAAAACCAGCCUGUGGAGUGCAGGGUAUUAUAGAGCCCUGGGUAGAGGAGGUCUGGUCGGUGGCUGACCGGACUGCUGCUGGGUGUUGGUGUGUGUGGCAGCCAGGGUCUUUUCUCUGGCUCACUCACUAGACUUGGGCUGGGAGUGUCAGCAGCUCCUCCAGUUGUGGACAUGUUGAAACAUGCUCUCCAAACUGCCAGUGCACUAACAGCCAGGCAGCCAUUAUAGUGGGCAAAAAACAUGAGGGCAGCCACCAGAGAUCUUGGGGUGUUGCUCGACAGACUUAUGACGUGUGUUUGGAAACGGCCACUGGUUCAUAUAGAUCUGAACACGUUUGUCUUUGUGUUUUGAGUCGCUUGGCUAGUCAACUCUGUGUUUUUAACCAUACUUGUACACUGGUUUUGGGGCAAAGGAGAGUGUGCCGUACCGGUGACUGUAGAUUGAAUUCCCCUGCCAUUGCUGCAAUGCUGUGUCCUGAGUAUCAGUCCUUUGCACCUUAAUGGGAAAGAAGCAGGUUCUGAAUGCACUUUGUUACUGAGAAAGGCACUUUUGUCAAAGAAACGGGUACUUUGAAACAAACUAAGGCGAAUUAGCUUAAUAUCCCCAUCGCAAGUGGUUCCGUUAAGCUUGUUCUCUGGUUUUGUUCAGUUUUUGACGACAAGCUGCCAAAAAAGAAAGAUGUAUGCGUGUUUCGGGUCUCUUAAGAGAAGUCAGGCGGGUUCAAAAAACAAACAUGUUUUGUGACCUUAAAAACAUUUUUUCUAAAAGACAAAAUAACCCCAUGUAACUGAUUGCACUUGAAGUUAGGUUUGGUAAAACAAGCGCUAGUGAGUUGUCUAUAUUCAUGUCUUAAUGCAGAGUGGGGGGGGGGGGGAGGACGGAGUGUGAGUGUGUGUGCAUGGCUGGAGGGUCUCAGGGCAAGCCUGGAUAAACAAACUAUCUCCACCCAUCUGUUCACCAGCUCCCCUCUCAUAGCUUCACAUAUUAUCACAGAGAAGAGAACACAGACACUUUCAGACCAACUGCGCGGCAGUUCAAUCAUACACAGAUAGACCCUUUUCCAAGUAGUGGCUAACUAACGGUGUGUGUGUGUGUGUGAGUAUACUUGAAACUUCCACACACCCUCAACCAUCUUUUCCAUGGCUUUUCACUGCUUUGUAUUCUGUUGAAAUCCUUAUUUCCCUGGGAUGUUGACUCCUUCUCUUAGAAGAAUGCAAAUCAAUAGUCUGUCAGUAUUGAUAUCCACAGAUCAAGUAAAAGACAAGGUGGUAGAUGAGAGGGGUUGAUAUGUAUAGCCUGACAGCCAGGAGCUCAGGGUAUAGUCAUGUAUAUGCAUAGGUCUGAUGAAAGAAGCCGUAGUCAGGUGAUCUGUUAGGGGUUCUAAGUUAUCACUCUCAAGUAUAUGUAGCCAUCAAAACUUGUAAUGUUCUUGGGCCUUAAUAUUGUGAUUUCAAGUUGUAUUCCUAUUUUAUUUCUUUAAUCUUGGUUAAGCCAAAGUUACCCUGAUUGUACAUAGUACACUCUUAUAGAGUUCUCCCUAAAUUGCUGUUCAUGUCUUGUAUAUGAUAUAAAGGUAUGAAAGUAAUUCUAAACAUAUCCAGAAUGAGACCACUUCUGACCAAGCCACACACCAACAAAACCCACCCCCUCGAUAUGUAUGCAGGAAAUUGUGUAGAAUCAGUUCACAUUUUCUUUAUUUCCGUGGACUCUAAAAUCAAUGGUGUAGAUGGAAUAGCUUCUCUUUUAUGUCUUUAUGUUCAAAUCUUCUUAAAAAGUUGUCCCUACAGCUUCACUUUUUUUCUAAUCAACUUUAUGGCUGUUUUGUGUGUGGGUCGGGGUAUAGGAUUUGGUUUAGGGUAGGGUAUUUUAUGAGUUCGAUUAAAGGGGUGUUUUGGUUGGGGAUAUAAAGCCUGAUAGCACUGGAAAUAGUGCUUUAGCUGAGACAGCAAGAGUUUGCACUAAAGUCCUUGUCCUACUAAAGGAAGGAGGGCGUGAGACCUCAGCAAGGCCCUUGAGUUUCUGUGAGCACAGGGUGUUAUACACUCAACGGUCCAACACAGACAGUCCAUCCAUUCCCCUAACCAACAGACUUAAUCAUGUAGAGGUUCUUCUGAGGAGUGUACCAACAUUACUUAACCAAACCAAAAGAGAAAAAUACUUUGAUAAGUCGUCACAACAUGUUGGAUGUAUGGGAUUUGAAUACAUCAAAACCUGAAGGUGCUUGGAAGUUUUAGGAUGGUACACACAGAAGAGACAAAACUAUUGUAACAGCGAAUCUGAAACUCCAUGUUGUACACAUUCAGGCCCUAUAUAUAUAUAUAUAUAUAUAUAUAUAUGCUGCCUCUGGGAGGUAGUAUGACAACCCUCUGAGCAGUGUGUUCAGGGUCUAGAUGUAUUCAGGUGUAUUCCAGUGAGUGUCCCUGGGACUCUCUGGCCUUGUCUGAGGACUAAGCUUUGUUUAAUGGGUCCAGUAGAAGUCUGAGGCUGGGCCUCCGUCUAGCUCCCAUGUGGACAUGGGUCAUGGGCAAGAAUGUGACUUAAAACAGAAGGAAUGGAAGAACCUUUCUCUCCCUCAUUCUAAUUUUAGAGCGCCUUACUCAAACUUCCACAUAGUUAGAGUUUAAAAUGUGGAUGUUGAGUGUGGCUGUAAACCUUUCCAUACUGAACAUUGGGACGAUUGGCAGGUGGGGGACAGAAUCAAAAGGCAAUAUAUACUAAACUGUCUGGAAUCUGAUCUCUAGUGAGCCUGACUCUCAAUCCAACUCCCACUGUAGUGAUUGACCAAACUACUAUGACUUACUUGAAUGAAUUGGUUAUUGUGAGAAGUGUCCCUGUGAGAGAAACGUACUACUGGGUGAUGUAGUGGUGAGGCUCUCUCCUCCUUCGUGGCCCUAUGCUCCCAUUCCUGCUGAGACCUCCCAGCCCCAGACCACCGUUACUCCAACACAUGUUACACUGAGAAGAUGUCUCACAACUCCUUAAAGAGAAGACGUAUCGUUGGGGUUAAUCCAAAUCGACCAGAUGUUUUGUUCCUAAUUCACUAUGACACAAAAUAAAAUGUCUGAAAGCAUUAAAAACGACACAAAACAUUUGAUAACAAUGAUAAUUGUAAUAAUCAUGGGACAGGAGUGGGUGGUGGUUGGAGGAGUGUGUUUUGUUAGUGGUGCUGCACACCUGAAUGCCCAGGCUGGUGAAGCACAGCAAGCUGAGGAUGACAUAUGUAGUAUGGCAUAAUGCACAGCGUGGCACUGGCACUUACACAGCCAUCCCUGGGGCCAGAGAGGCUGUUGGCUGGUUGGUUGGCCAGUUUAGGAGUCUCUACAUCAGUGGGCUACAAUGGUUUGCACAACAUGGGAGGGUCAGGAUUGGGGUGGGACGGGACUGGACCAAAUUGGUCAGCAGCGACGACAUGGGAGAGACUAGAUCAGGGUUGCGGUGCAAUGGUUCAGGUUGCCCCAUCUUGUUGUGUUUCACUGGGAAUGAUAUGAUGUAGCAAAAUGGUGGAUGACAUAGGGUAGUCACCGAACUGGUGAUGGGGAAUGGUGAUCUGUUUUCUGUGCUUCUAAGUUGAAACACAACACUGAAAUACAUUGUGUUCCUGUUUCUGUUCAGUUUGUGGUUUGAUUCAGAGCUAACAUCUCUUUCUUUGCCUUCCAUGUACAAUUGGGAAAUUGUACCAAUGUUUAAAGAAAUGGUUUUCAAAACACGGAGUGCGGAAACGGUUGGUUCCCCAUUGCCAUGUGACUGUGACCCCCCCGUUACUAUUGUUAAUGUUGAUUCAAUAGCUUGUCUGUGGGAGGGAGAGUGCUGAGAAGUGUGUUAAUCAGGUUGAAAUGUAUAAAAGUAGCUGGGUAUAAGAAGCACGGGGGGGGGUUUCUCUCUCCAGACCUUGGUGUCCACUUCUCUACUGACUGGCCUUUGAUUACAGAUCACAGGCCCUCAGCAGGGGAAGCUAGGAGGGAGGGAGGGAGGGGGAGGGAGACUUGUGGUUUAAAGCCACCAACCAAUAGAGGAUGCAUUCCAUAACUUCAUACUGUAAUUUCCACUUCUGAGUCUUGGCGUGGGGAGACGGAGGGGGUGGAGGGAGAGGAACAGUCAGCGUUUUACAGCCGAGUGUUUCAAUCUGUCCGUCCCCCCUUCUACCACCCCCAGUCUGACAGACAGGCAGUGAGUUGGGCCUCUCCAGACCUGGCCAUCCAACUGCCUGUCUGUCUCAGCUUCUGCUAUUGUAACAAAGCACUUUGCAAAAGGCCAUCCAGAAUAUUGUGUCCUGUUGUUUUUUGGUUAUUACUAUUGUUAUUAUUCUUGUUUAUAUUUUUGUUCUCAUUAUGGAUGAUUAUUUAAAUGCAAAAACUACAUGAAAAAAUGAAAACUUGAAUAUUUGGGUUUAGGUCCAUUCGAGCUGCCGCCCCACUAGGCCAUACACACACUUCUGGCACACACACCGUCUCAGAUAGAUACUCAGAGUGGAAGGGUAAAGGCAAGGUCUCCCUAUCGCCACAUACAAUCUCAACUAUAUUUGGAAAACAAGUCAUAUAAUCUCAUUGGGAGAGUUGCAUUGCACAGAAACUUCCAUAACACAAGCUUUCUGAGAAGGCGAACUGUGCUGUACUACUUAAUGUCAAACAUGCAGAUUUAAAGCUGUUUUAUUUUGUAUCCCUCACAUCAUUUACACAUACUGUAGUAGCCACAUAUUGAUCCUGGUCCAUUAAUGUAUGUGGUGUCUAUGCCCUACACUAGUGACCCUUGUGUAGCUAAAGUAAAUUGCUGGAUCUGGUAUAAAAUAGACACAACCAAAUGAUUAUGCCAUUUUUGUCACCUUUUUGGAGUUAAGGUUUUUUACAGAAUCGAUUUAAUUGAUUGGCCUUGAUGGAUUUUUUUUCUGUCAAAUCAAAAUUAGUUUCAUCAAAAUAGAGUAGUAUGCAGACAUAUAGCAGGUGUGAGGGAAAAUAGUUAUUAUCAUUGUAGAAUGAUUUCUAACUGUAAAAAUGACAAUAAUCAUCCAUACUAGUUUAGAACUCUGCUGCACAUAUGGGGGAGGCAGAGUAUUUCCUGUCUGCCAGGCUUGGAUGCUAAAAACCCUGUCCUCUUCAGAAAAGUCAUUUUCCUUAAACAUUGGCUAGUGUCUGUUGGAAGUUAUGCGGGAUAGGUGGUUUUGGAGAUUUGCACUUUUGGCUACGAAAAUAAAUUGUGUUGUAUAUGAGACCACUAAAUCCAUACCAUCUAAACCAUAUAAUUCCAUUUGUUUUGGUUUUUGGUCUGUUUUUUUCUUUUUUAAUAUAUCCAAAAAUGUCUGUUGUCCUGGUUUAAAGAAAAUAAGAUCUUUCUAUUAAAAAAAAACAAUGGUUGCGA